CACAUAUAAAACCAAUAGUUCCACUGCCUCCUCAAUCCAGAAGCCUCCACUAAUAUCACCCCUCACUAUUUCGAGCAUCGGAGGACCAUCCAUCACGAUCCAUCUUAAUCAAAACAAGGCAAAAAAAAGGUGGAUAAUUCAGAAGGAAUCGAGAACUAAACCGGAAGCAAUCACAGUGUAAUUUUAAUUCCACAGAAGAAUCGAUCAAGAAAACAAUGGCCCCCACCUUUAUCCGUGAUAUAGAACCUUUUCAAUUCAUUGAAGAAAUGAGAGCUCGGGUAGCAAGGAUAUGGAGGCCCAAAAAGUUCGAUACUGAUAUCUAUGAUGGGCUUCAUUAUGUUCUCAUCGAUGAAAGGGGCGAUGCUAUCCAUGCUAUAAUUGAUGAAUCACAUUAUCCAGUUGUUACAAACAAAAUGGAGGAAGGCAGGGUCUAUGACAUAUUUCGCUGCCAUUCAAGAGAGAAUGACUUUCCAUUCAAAGUUAUUGAUCAUGAGGCACACCUCUCUUUUAACCGGAUGACGGAGUUCAAACAAGUUCAAGACUCUUCCUCACCGAUUCCACGAUAUGCAUUCAACCUCCUUGAGUUCAGUGAGUUAGCUGACAAAAAAGAAGAUCAGAUAGUUCUGAUAGAUGUUUAUGGUUGUCUGAAGUCAAUCAUGCCAGAGUCCCAGGUCUUUGUGAGGAACAAAGAAAAAAUGGAAUCAAAGUGUGAAAUAACCUUGGAAAAUCUCAGGAGAGAGGAUGUUAGAAUCACUCUGUGGGGCGAUAAUGCCAGACAAUUUGAUGUACAAGCUGUACAAAAUCGUUCUCCACCGAUCUUAGCAGUAUUUACAAGCUUGCGGAUUACUGAAUUCCAACAACGAAUCACAUUGUCUGGAACGAAUCAUACCUGCAUGAUUGUAGACCCGCAAAUUCCUCAAAGACAAGAAUACAGAAAUGAAUUCUCCAAGCCAGGUGACAAAGUAAAGAUUCUUGCUAUCCCAUUUAAACAGGCAACUCAAGAAGAGCUCAAAGAUCGACAAAAAAAAACAGUAUCAGAAUUGAACAUGCUUAAUCCACGCCUGUACAGCAGCAAGCCUGUUUGCUGCAGUGCUAAAAUCGCUAGAUUCUCGACACACAAUAGCUGGUGGUAUAACGGUUGUCCAAUCUGCCGCAAGCAGCUUCGACAGAAACAAAAUUCUAAUGAAAUGAGUUGUAUUAAACAUGAAACACAACAGCCUUUGCCAUGUUACAGAGUAUACGUAACAAUCGAAGACCGGGAAAAUGAAGCCAUACUGAUUGUAAUGGGAGAAGCAGCUGAACAACUCUUUGGCAAUACCUGUCCAGAAUUACUAAACAAACAACAAGAACCUACAAGACAAGCAUUGCCAAAGGAGAUUGAAAAUACAAUCGGCCAACAAUACCUCUUCGAGAUUCAACCAAAAUCUCAUGGUGAACUGAUUGUGAAAUCUAUUUCUCCAGAUCCACAAAGUUUUGUAGCAGUAUCAGAACAACAUCCAACAACCGCAACACCAGAUCGUCCUAGCACAGAAAAAAAAAAGAACAGUGGAAACAAGUAGAAAGCACUCUUCACCACUGAACAAGAGAAAAAAAGCAAAAGGCAAUCCCGGCAUCAAGGAACUACAUCAUCAUCCCUUCAAAGCGAGCAACAUGAAACACAAACAAGUCACUGAACAAGAAUCCGAUCUCUCUGUGUUUGUAACAUAUAUUAUAUUAACUUAUUUCUUUUAGUUACAGCUGUGCUGACUACUUUUGCUUUUGUAUAAUUGUAGUCAGCGAAUCAACUGAAAAGCAGCUAGAACAAUUAUUUUUUUGGGUAAAUUCUGCUGCAUUUUUGAUCACUGAAUUUCAGUUGAUUCUACAGCAAAGCAGUGGGAGCAAUUAAUUUUUUGAAGUACUACUCAAGUAAGUUUUGCUCCACUGAAUGUACUAUAACAAAAAUGUAAAAAGGCAAAACACUGUACUCUCUCAGUUAUGUGUAAUAUCUAAUGAUAUCAAAGUAGUUCUUAAUCA